ACGGUUCAGUUGAAUUAAUCUGUGAUUGUUUUAUUAUUAUUUUUUUGUCGAAUUUGGUUUGUAAUCUCGAUAUUAUAUUGUUUGAGUUCAUUACUGUGUUAUCCUGUUCUUCGUUGGUUGAUAAAGAAGUUGUGAAAUGAAUGUGAUUAUUGCUACGUAGUACACGAAAAAAAUGAUGAAUAGCAAAAAGUGAAUGAAAUAUCUAAUAUUGAUUUCAUCGAAUUUAAUAGUUUUAAACUAAAAGUAUAAUGUCGUCGAGCAAAGGCAAAACGUCCAGCGGCUUGCGGAUUUUGUGGAUUCCAGGCAGAAAAAAGCACAACCGUAAGGGUGUAUACAAUCCGACCAAAAACAACAUUCCACAGUAUCACGCCAAUCAGCAGCGUAAAACCGAACCCUGGACAAUGGGAGGCACCAGCACCCAUGCUAAGAUCAUUAACGCGGAUCUUCAUUCGAACCUGGACGUUGGAAUGGCCACUGCAACGGGCACCAUGAGUUUGGCCACGAUAGCAUCCAAUAAAGUGGGCGAAACUAGUGGCAGCAAUCAUUUAGGUGAUCCAUUACCACCAGCACCACCGUUAGUAGGAGCAGCAGCAUCAGCAGCAGACAAUGAUAUAAUGUGCAAUGGUGGCGAAGGAGGCGCACAGUCUGUGGAAUUGGUCGUUCUCAACGACUUGAAUGGUGAUAAUAACAAGAAAGACAUUCCAAGCAACAAUCAGUUCGAGACGCUGGAACUGAUCGACGAGGAGAAGGACCGAAACUACUCCAACGCGGAGUCAUCCUCUUCGCUGCUGUCCUCGAACAACGAUAGCCGAUCCGCUGACUUCAUGCACAAUUCGGCAACGUUGGCCAUCGGCGAGAGCAGACGACGGCUGCGCCGCAAUAGCUACAACAAUUCCAAGAAGAACAGCUGCGAAAACAUUGACUCCAUCGAUCACAUCAACGAUAGUGACGUGCCCGAUGCGGUUAAACUGCACCCAACCGCGGAUGGCACUCGCUUGGACACGUUUCGAUCGAAGAAGAAAAGCUACAAAAAGCAGUACCAGCCCGGUCAAAAACAAAUGGAUGACGAAGAGGAAUCUAAGAAGGACGAUAAAUUGGUAACCUGUCUGUACUAUUCGCUUGUUUGCUGGGAUUGUAGCAUUUCAUAGGAAGCUCAGAAAGAAGCUGGAACGAAACGCACUUUAGCUACUAAAAAAAGACUACUCUACUUAGUUGUUGCCGGGUUUUUUACGUGAACCGUAUUGAGCUCACAGUAUUUUUUAUCGAUCUUUUUACAAUUGGAGAAUAUUAAUAUAAAAAUGCAGCCAUUAAUAUUUUUAGUGGUAAAGCAAAAUCCACUGUUAGGGCGUAAGAUAAAUUAUAUACAUGAUACACUUUGAA